AGGUUCAUAUACUUGCAAUUUACUAAUUGUUGUUUAUCUACAGCUUAUUGAGGAGAGAUGGAUCUAGCAGCUCCAGGCCCGCUCGACCCUAGUGUCCUUACGAUGCAGGCGAAUCAUAGGAGCAGUGUGCUAUGGGAUGUACAGGUGUCCGAUACGGAAACCAUGUACACCAGGCAUCUCGAUUCAGCUCCGUGGGCGAUUGACGCAUGGAUCGUCCCGUACCUUCAGCAUGCGAGGUUGCAUGACUUCCACCUGAUCGCGUACGGGAGAGUCGAUCGGGCGCUAGUCACGGCUUUAGUCGAGCGGUGGCGCCAGGAGACUCAUACCUUCCACCUACCUAUAGGUGAGGCUACCGUCACGUUACUUGACGUAGCUGCGCUUACACGGCUUCCCAUCGAGGGACAUGCCGUGUGCAUCGAUGGACGCCAAUUCGAAAGCUGGGAAGACAAAGUCCAAAGACUAUUAGGAGUCCGACCUCCGGCUGAGGUAACCAAAGGGAGUAGCCUGCGCGUAACAUGGCUUGCACAAAACUUCUCGCACCUCCCUGAAGGUGCUGAUGACGCCAACGUUGAGAGAUAUGCUAGGGCGUAUCUCUUGUAUCUAAUUGGUGCUGUCUUGUUCUCCGACAAGACUGGCAACCGAGUACUCAGACUUUUCGGCGAUGAAUCAUUCCGCCAAGAAUGUAGUAUGAAUUUAAUCAAAAACAAACAACCAAUCAUAUUCAAAAAGGGAUGUUGCUAUAGGACAUUCAACACAAUUGCAACCAUGUUCAACAAAUUCAUAUCAAAUUACAUACUUCAUUCGUUAAGUUAAACUACCUUCGCUAACUAAGAAGGCUUCUUAAACUUUCACAUAAUCCUUUCAGUCUCUUCUUUCCUAUGCGCCAUAUCAUCCAUUUGUCUCUUUAGAUUAAAUACCUCAUCUUUGAGCUCUUUUUUUUUUUUCAAGCCGUAUUAUUAACUCUCUCUGCCAUUUCGUACCCUCCGGAGCAAUCUAUCUAAAGUAUGUGCAUCCUAAUCCGUCAAUCAAGUAGAAAGGGCAAGCAACAAAUUCACGCCCUGGAUCAAAGUCGCUCCAAUCUGUAUUAAUCUCAACUUCAUAACCACAAUCACAAAGCUCUUCAAUACAAUGCUCCUUUGAAAUCUACAUAAUACAUAUAAUAUAGUAACGUAAAUGAACUUUCAAAAAUUAUAUUAACAUUUAAAAAUUAAAAGUAAAACUAACAUAAUACAUAAUGUUACCUUCAGAAAUUAAGAGAAGAAGAAUGAUGUAGAAUUGAUAUAAUGAAGUAUGGGAAUUGAAGGAGCUAUUUAUAGAACAUCAUUACAACGGCUAUUUUCAAGUUCCUAACGGCUAUUUUUCUAAUUAACAACGACUACUUUACUUCAUAUAAAAAAAAUAAAAUUAAAGGACCUAAGUCGCUGUUACUAACAACGACUAAGGCAUUUAAAUUUUUUUUUCCUUCUUUCGCUGUUACUAACAGCGACUUAUCCAAAGCUCUGGUCUGGAUGU